AUGGCCACUUGGAGCUCCCUAGCCCCAGAAAUCCGCCUCAUGGUCCUGGAUGCCUUGGUAUCGGAUGGCUGCCGCUUAGCCCAUCUUGUCACAGUAUCACGAGAAUGGCAGAGUGUCAUCGAACCGCACAUAUUUUCUUGGAUCACAUUGACAGUUUCUCGUCUUGCAGACCUGAACCAAAUAACGCACCGCAAUCGACACCUUGUCAAGUCUCUAUACCUUGCUAUAGAGCUUGAAACAUAUGAUUGCAUGAAGUGCAAGGGCCAAAUAGAUGGAUUGUCAUAUAAAGACAAUCGUCUUGUUACAACAUGCAUCGAAAAUUUAUUCUCAUCUCUUAGUACGUGGAAGCAAGACACGUCCAAUCUAAUGCUUGAUAUUAGCAUCUAUUCGCCGAGCGACUCAGAACACUGGUUUAAAUAUCUGACUUUCGAACCUGAUGUUUCUACUCAAAACUUUGAGCAAUACCUCAAAGAAAAGCAAAGAGCUCUACAUGAGUCUAGUGAUAGACAGCAUGGUUGGAAUGCUGCUUGUCAGGAAUCUCUCCCGGAGUUGUACGCCAUUGAAACAGUUUUUGAAGAAAUCAUGGGAGAGGGUCCAUUUGAUUCAGAAGAAGAAGAAUUUGAGUGGUGGAGCAAACUCCCUUUUAUUCCAGCAGUAACAGGGAUCCGUUUACGUCAACAGACCAGACGGCGAUGGAAACCAGCUGCCCUUGAGAGGCUGUUCUCUCGGUUUCCCAGACUUGAAAAGAUUCAUCAUGAACCUUGGAGAGAAUGGGAUAGAGCUAUUGAGCGAUUUACAGAUAGUGCGUAUGAGCGAAUGUUCAAGUCGCUGCCAAAUGUCAAACGACUUGUACUUUUCGAGAACUUCAACCAAGAAUAUCCAGCGAGGAUUUACUAUGCUGAAGCUCUUCGCAUCCCAUCCUCUGCUGUGGGUCGAGCAAUUGGCCUUGCCAGCCUGAAGCUCGACAUUUUAUCCGCAUCCUUUAUACUCGAUGCCGCUGACUUCUUCACCAUUACUACCGGGCAUACAAAUUGGCCCUUUCUUACCUCCCUUAGCUUGACUUCAAACCUGCUUAUGCCAGAUGCAAGUACAACCGAGCUAAGCAGUAUGCUUGAAUUAGCCGCAAGUGCGGCGAAGAGGAUGCCAAAGCUGCGAGUUAUGGAAAUAUGGAAUGGAAGAAAGGGAGUAGCAGCAGUCUUUCGAUACCAAAGAGAUCAUGGUAUUACUUGGAGGGCGACAUGGGACAUGGACUUCGAGUCUAAUGUAAAAAAGUCGUGGAAGUCUGUUUGGCAGAUGCGUCGCUCUUCUUCUGAAUGGACUAUUACUAAGGAGGUUAUUGGCUGCGGCAAGGAUAUCCAAUCACAUGGAGAUGCAAUCAUUCAAUUGCAGCUUAUAAAUGAGAUUCUUCGGCCUAUUUCACUACAACAGAUUCAGAUAGAGCACAAGAUGCGAGCAGCAUCGGGUAUGUGCUUGGACAGGCACUGA